AUGAUUGGAAUAACCAUUGAGAGCUCUUCCUUCUCAUCAUCUUCAUCAUCAGCAAUAGCUAGAGCUCCAUUAUCUGCUCGGGGCAAUAAUUCCUCUCUCAAUCAAUCCCACUCAUCAAAUCCUAGUAGCACACCACGAGGUAAGAUCGUGCCCAAUUCAAUAACAAGAGAAGUUAAUAGCCCCAUCAGGAAUUAUAAAACAUCUCCCAUUCGUUCCUCAUCUAAUAGCAGUGGUAGUAGAUCAUCAAAUUCACCUAUUAGGAAUAAUAACAAAUGGGCUUCUAAGAAGGGACAAUCUGAAGGUUAUACUUUGGAACCUGAAACAAGGAGAAGAUCAAUUAGUGAGGAAAUUAUAACUCUCCGAGAUGAUAAUUCAAAAUUAAGGAGAGAAAUGGAUAAUAUGAAAUUACUAUUAAAUUGUCAGAAGGAGGAAAACUUUUUUCUCUCCACGUCCUUAUUCUCGGCACAGGAAGAGUUGAAAAAGUUGAAAACAAUAAUCAAGAAGAGAGAAUCAGACAUAAGGGAGCAACAAGAAAAGAUGGAAAGUUUAAUAUCGCACAGUGUGGAUAUGAGACCUAGAAGAGAAACCUCUCGAUCACCGAAUAGUAGUGAAACUCAAGUACUAAAAAAGGAGUUGGAAUUGUUGAGAGCAAAAUUGAAAGCAUCAGAAGAAAAGUUUGAAAAAUUGAAAAUGAUUAAUAAGGAAACCGAGGAUAAUGUUGAAUGCUUACUGAGUCAAUUAGAACACCAGCGAGUGACAAAAGAUCAAUUACUCGAUCAAGCAAAAAAUUCAAUUCUUAGCAGUCACUUUGAAAAGGAGAAAAAUGAUUCCUUUAGGAUAUUUCUUGACCUGUAUCAGGAAAACAACAAACACGUAGGAGAUGUUGAGUUGGAAGAUAAGUAUGAACAACUGUUGCUUGCCAAACAAGAUUUAGAAACAAAGCUCUUCAAAAGGGAGGAGCAACUUAUUGAAAUGACUAUGAAAUUUGAGUCUGCUAGGUGCGAUCUUAUCAAAAACUCUAUCAUGUAA